AUGGUUUCCGGUAGCAGUAACAACCAAUCGUGCGUGUCGAUGGAAAACAACCCGAUUUCCGGUUUCAUAAAACCAAAGAUCAACAGCUCAUCAUGCCUUCCCCUUGCGAGCCUUGCAAAGAUUCGUGCCCUGACGGCGCCUGCAAAGACAACUGCGGCUGCAAGGACAAGGGCUGCAACGACUGUUCCUCUAAAGGUGGUUGCUGCUAAGCUAAAGAUGGACGAAGCCCGCCCGCGCCCGCGCCGGCCGCUCGGUGCGCGCGUCGCGUCCGCGCUGGAGAGCUGCUUCCCCGUCGCUUUCUCCGUCACCUUCUUCCUCACUAUAGUGCUGUUUCAUUGUUGUCUCCUGUGAUUUAAUAAAUUCCUUAUUAAUUCAAAA